AUGAAGCAUUUUGUUCGUGGCGUUUUAGAAAAAUCCCCGUUGAAGUCGCGGAGUGCGCGGGACAUCACCGAGUUUGCCGUGCCCUUGUUUUACCAUCACGCGUCCUUUCGUUGGCAUCUUGAUAGCCGCGCGGCGGUCAAACUCAUCGCCGUGCACGAUUUCCUCAGCAGCUCGAACUUCUGCCAGGACGCCUUUUACAAAACCAUCACCACCCUGCCGCUGGCGAAACUCACGCUGACGGAGCCGCUGGAGCUCUACGCCGUCGACCUUCGCGGCCAUCAUUUCUCGGAGAAGCUUUGGACCCCCGCCGAGGUCGAGGAGAGCUACGCGUGGGCCUCCGCCGGGGAUAUUGUGCGCCUACAACGCGAGGUGGUGGUGAACACGGCCCGGGUGCUCGGGGUGGGGUUUGGCGCGAUGGUCGCCGCGCUCGCGGCGCUCGCGGCGCCCGAGGCCGUUCAGUCCCUGACGCUUUUAGUGAAGGACUACGCCCAGCUCUACCGCUGCGACCCCACGGCCUACGACCUGCGCGCGAUCAUCCAAGACGCCCCCAAAGACGCCCGGACGAUUGCCGACCUCAACGCCUACCUGAAGCCCAAGCUUCCCCACCCACUCGAUCGCGAAUUUCUGCUUGGCAACCUCAAGGAGGACCUCGACGGCGCGCGAUUUCGCUUUAACGAGCGGCUUCUCAUGAUGGAAAAGGCCCUGACGCUGCCGAUGGCGCAAGUAGAAGGGCUGCACUAUCCGGGGCCGGUGAAGGUGAUUAUCUACGGCGGCCCCGAUCCCUCCGAGGCGGAGAUGGAGGCCUUCAAGCGCCAAUUCCCGACCGCGACCUUUCACACCUCCCUGAGGGCUGAUCGAGGGUUUUACGACAGCGAGCAUAUUGGUAAGAUUUUACUCAAUUCGCUCGAUAUUGUGGGCGCCAUUGAGGGCAAUCCCGAGGAGGAAUAA